AUGGAUCGCAACCCAUAUGUCUUCGGCGUAGUUCUAGAUUAUCUGAGGACUGGCAAGCUAUUGAUCCCACCGGUCGUUUCUAGUGAGCAGGUGGAGUUGGAAUUGAAGCACUGGAAACUGCACAACAAUCUCGCCAACUCACUACCGACCGAUGUGCUAGAACGCAUCUUUUCAUUCUUGCCGUACGAGCACCGGAUACUAGAAUUGACCAGGGUUUGUAAGAAAUGGCGCCGAAUUGUGUUGCUAGAGAAACCGGAAGUUCUGGUAACGUACACUACUGGUAGCGACACAGACGAGAAGAAAGGCAAGGUGGGCGAGGAGAGCAAUUCAAAGGCCGUGCUUGCGGUAACUUCUGGGUUGCCGCCGGCAAAAAAACCCAAUCUACUCAAUAUCGACCCACCUCAGGUCGCAACCAAAGGCAUCCGUGUGGCUGUCAAUGGCAACGAAGACCAACUGAUAGCCUUCUGCAGGACUGAGCACAUGAAAAAGGUGCUGGCGGCAUUCUGGAAGUCCUUGGGCUUCACCUUUAAUGCCCAUAUCACGGCAAUGACAGGCGCAACCCACCAUCUCGUGAACGUCCAUCUGCGCAAUAGUGACAACGAGGAAUCGUUUUUCAAACCCCUGGGCGAAUUGCAGGGCCUGCAAGUGUUAAACCUAUCUAACUGUCCCAAUAUCACACCGCGGUUUCUGAGUGCGCUGGCCAGUGCAGGCACCCUCCGCAGUCUGGAUAUCGAGGGCUGCCCUCAUUUGAAUGGAGACGCAGAUGUUGUGGCGGAAUUCGAGUACCUAGAACGGCUGCCUAUGUUGGAGUCCUUCGCAUGGCGAGAUGGGCGCCAAGAUUCUCAAUCCACCAGUGCUUUCUUCCACGCGUUACGAACAUGCGUUAGCCUGAAACGCCUCUAUGUGGAAGCUCCCCUAAAUCUGGAUACAGAGGACAACUGCUUCGAGCUCAUGUGUAAAAACUUGACCAAUCUCGAGGAUGUUGAGUUCGACACGGAGGAGUUCGAUCCCGCAGUGGAAAUUCUGGGUGCCUUGCAGCAACUUAAAAACCUCAAACGGUUGCAGUGCGACAUCUUCAUGGAGAACAACGCCACUCUGGAGAACGCCCUGCUCACGGCACUGUCAAAUCUGCCGAAGCUGGAACGGUUCGGCACAAUCCACUGUGGCUCCAGGCGAUUCUGGGACCACUUUCCCACUCUGCCUAAUCUCAAAUCAGUCUCCACUUACACUUACCAACCUCGAAAGAACUUGUUACAAGCGAUAGUGAAUACAAUCAGCUGUCGGCUCAAAUCGCUGGAAGUCUUUCGGAUCGUGCUAGAGAACUGCCACAAAGUGGAAGAGGAGGAACAGAAGAUUUGUAUGAAGGCACUGGUCCAAGAAUUGACACCUCUGCAAAGCCUCAAGCAGAUUGACGUGACUGGAUACCACAUCACAAGUGAUCUGACGGAACAUCCGCGCGAGCAGGUCCGACAAGCCUUGGUCAAAGCACUGCCGAAGACAACAAUCAGUGCCCUUGGAAGCUGUACUGAUCGAGUCCACCCGGACGAAUUCUGGUAAUGGAGCGUCCACACCACUCCUGUUUUUCUAUCUCUACUAUGGCUGCAAUGUCGAUCACCGCAUAGACGACAGCUACCGCGAUCUCAGCCAUGUGCCUAGAUAUAUCGUUGUGUUAAGUUGCCUGCCUGACGGGUAUUGCUCCCAAUGCCUGGUAAAUCAUCCCAAUCGCGUGGCAGUUUGUGGCCAUUGGUGCAUUGAAUGUAUCGAUGGAAGUGCAAGGGUACCGACAGCACCCAUAUGACUAUUUCGCAGGCGAAUGAUUUUCAUUGCUUCAGAAGAGAAUAAUUAUAUUUUACUUAUACUAAAGCAAUCCAACGUGGA